UGACGUCACAGACGCGCGUCCAGGAGCUGCAGAAGAAGGGUGAGAGAUGUUUGAACAGUGAUUGAGCUCCAUUCUGCGAUGACACGCGGGUCGUUGAACCUCACUGUCUCCUCGGUGACUUCCGGAAGGUGAGUUCUUGUUUCCUCUUUUAGCACUGAGCAGAAAGUGAAACACUUCCGGCAUGCCUCCGAGGCUGGGGAAGCUCUUCUCCAACAGCCGGAUUGUGGCAGGACUGCUGGUCAACCUGCUCUCCUCCAUCUGCAUCGUCUUCAUGAAUAAAUGGAUCUACGUGCACUACGGCUUCCCCAACAUGACCCUGACCCUGGUGCACUUCGUGGUCACCUGGCUCGGGCUCUUCUUCUGCCAGAAGAUGAACAUUUUCUCUCCGAAGAGGCUGAGAGCUUCCAACAUCCUGCUCCUGGCGCUGAGCUUCUGUGGCUUCGUGGCUUUCACCAACCUGUCUCUGCAGAACAACACCAUCGGGACGUACCAGCUGGCCAAAGCCAUGACCACCCCGGUCAUCAUCCUCAUCCAGACCACCUUCUACAAGAAGAGCUUCUCCACCAAGAUCAAACUCACUCUGGUGCCGAUCACGUUAGGGGUCGUCCUGAACUCCUACUACGAUGUGAAGUUUAACUUGUUGGGGAUCGUCUUCGCUACGCUGGGGGUCCUGGUCACCUCUCUGUACCAAGUGUGGGUCGGAGCGAAGCAGCACGAGCUGCAGGUGAACUCCAUGCAGUUGCUGUAUUACCAGGCGCCCAUGUCCUCCGCUUUCCUCCUCAUACUCGUCCCCUUCUUCGAGCCCCUCACCGGAGAGGGGGGCAUCUUCGGUCCCUGGUCUCUGCAGGCCCUGGCGAUGGUGUUUCUGUCUGGUAUUGUCGCCUUCCUGGUGAAUUUGUCCAUCUACUGGAUCAUCGGGAACACGUCUCCUGUCACCUACAACAUGUUUGGACACUUUAAGUUCUGCAUCACGCUGCUGGGGGGCUACCUGCUGUUCCACGACCCGCUGUCUGUGCACCAGGGCCUGGGCAUCGCCUGCACGCUGUGCGGCAUCCUGACCUACACACACCUCAAACUGAGCGAGCAGGACGAGAGCAAGAGCCGGCUCGCUCAGAGACCCUGAACACGCCGCGUUCAGACACGGGCCGCGUUCAGACACGGGCCGCGUUCAGACACGGGCCGCGUUCAGACACGGACGCCUCGGCACGCUUUCAAUCGUCUCUCACAUUUCAGAAGGAACUAUUUUUACACCUCACAGUGUUUUAUUCAGAAUUUAAAUAAAGUACUGAAAACGUGAA